AUGUUGCUGGCAUUCAAAUGGCGAGUAUUGGCCAAAGAAUAUACGCCAAAAGAAGGCUCCAAAAAGUCAGAUGUAUUGAAUAAUAUUGGUCAAGCACACAUUUUAAUCAAAGUUGAUAUACAAGAAAAGUAUGCUUACGUUUUUGCUGAUUCAUUUAUACUUUCAUAUAAUUUAUUGACAAAUGAGCUCUACCAGAACAAUGAAACAAAUGUUGUACAUUGUGAUGGAGAUAAUGGAUCAUUUAUCCCUCAUGCAGCUGAUCUAAGCAGUAAAUGGGCUGCUAUGGUUGGCUUCCAUCGAAUCCAGAAUAGUUCUCGCAGUAAAUCAUGUAUUUAUAUCUUUAAACUUCCAUCUUUAAGUUUAAUACAAGCACGUAGUCUCGAUAAGAACUAUGUCUCAAACUCUGAAAACAUUGGCUACAAUCACGAAUCUAUAAUGUCAGCUGCAAUUGAUCCUUCUGGGAUGAUGGUAGCCAUUGGACAAGCACAAUUGGACACAGUAACAAUUGCCUUUAUAAAUGACAGCAACACACCUACAAACAUUUCUGAAAUGUUCCAAAUAGUUGAAGAUGUGAAAUUGAUUGACUUUGGACGUUCAGUAGCUUGA